AUGAAGCAAGCCGGCAUCGAAGUAGACAAGAACAGCGAACCCAGCCUACAAAUGAGGUACAAGAUCCAUAACUUCUGCAACACCGCAGUCCCGAACCUAUACGAUUUACUCGCUCUAUUCCUCGUGUGGCUCAAGUCGACCGACGAGCCCGUGGACAAUAACACCGAGCUGGGCAGCAUACCCUCGAUAUCUACUCUAGCCGAUCGCUUCACAAAGACAGAUCUCGGCUCGGAACACGGAGACAUCGUGGCUGGGGAGUACGCUUACUGCUGGCGACGUGAUACCGACGCAGUACUUACAGCAACUACCGAAGAACUGGCCGUAUACAAGCUACGGCGCGGCAAGAAAGGCAGGCCAGACUACCUCGUUCGCGUUGACAGACCCCAAUUCGACUAG